CUGCCGGCGGAGGCCGGCGUUGGGCUGUCGCGCGCGGCGCCGCCUCCAUUCCGCUCCGGGCGCGGGCGCUGAGGGGCCUGCCCGGGCGUCCGGCGCCUCCCCGCGGCCCGAUGCAGCGCACGGAGAAGGUGCUGCAGCUGCGGGGCCUGCAGGGCCGCUCGGUGCGCGUCGUGCGGGAGCACUACCUGCGCCCCGACGUGCCCUGCCGCAGCGCCCUGUGCCAGGCCGCCUGCCCCCGCGAUGGGAAAUUGUUGUCAGAUGAUGUGACUCAUUAUGUUGUCCCUGACUGGAAGAUUGUUCAAGAUUACCUUGAGAUUCUUGAGUUUCCAGAGCUGAAGGGUAUUAUCUUCAUGCAAACAGCAUGUCAAGCUGUCCAGCAUCAAAGGGGUCGCAGACAGUACAACAAAUUGCGAAAUCUAGUGAAGGAUGCCCGUCAUGACUGUAUUCUGUUUGCUAAUGAAUUCCAGCAGUAUUGUUAUCUGCCAAGAGAGAGGGGAGAAUCAAUGGAGAAAUGGCAGACUAGGAGUAUUUACAAUGCAGCAGUAUGGUAUUAUAAUCACUGCUUGGGUCAGCUGCCGGUUGUUAUGGUAACAGAAGACGAAGAUGCUAUCAGAGAAUAUGGAGGUGAAACGGAAGGAGUGUUUGUGAUUUUAUUCAAGAAUUACUUGGAUAAUUUUUGGCCUGACUUAAAAGCUGUCCAUGAACUCUAUGAUUCUAUACUUCAAUCUCGGCGUGAACGAGAGUCUGAAAGCCAAGAAAACAAUGGGAAGGAAUACCCUGAACAUCUUCCUAUGGAAAUAUUGGAGGCUGGGAUCAAAUCUGGAAGAUAUAUACAGGGUGUCCUGAAUGUCAAUAAGCACAGAGCACAAAUGGAAGCUUUUGUUCGACUUCAAGGAGCCAGUGGUAAAGAAACAGAUCUCCAAAGUGAUAUACUUAUUCAUGGUACCAAAGCUCGGAACCGUGCAAUCCAUGGUGAUGUAGUAGCUGUAGAGUUGUUACUCCGGCAUGAAUGGAAAGGAAGAACUGCUUCUCUUUGUGAGAAUGAUACUGAAGAAAAGGCACCAGGAGACACCUCCAGUGAACCUAUGCCCACAGGUAGAGUUGUUGGAAUCAUUCAGAAGAAUUGGCGAGAUUAUGUGGUCACUUUUCCAUCCAAAGAAGAGAGUCAAUCUCAGGGUAAAAAUGCCCAGAAAAUCCUUGUUACACCUUGGGAUUACAGAAUUCCUAAAAUCAGGAUCAGUACACAGCAGGCUGAGGCACUACAGGACUGUCGAGUUAUUGUGCGUAUUGAUUCUUGGGAGUCAACGUCUGUGUAUCCAAAUGGACAUUUUGUACGAGUUUUAGGACGGAUAGGAGAUCUCGAAGGGGAAACUGCAGUUAUUCUAGUGGAGAAUGGCAUUUCUGUUGCCCCUUUCUCAGAAGCCCAGACAUGUGAGAUGCCUUCCAGUACCUCAGAGAAUCCAUGGAAAGUGAAUCCAGAGGAGGAACUAAAACGCAUUGACUUGAGGAAUACGCAUUUAGUAUUCAGCAUUGACCCCAAAGGCUGUGAAGAUGUGGAUGAUGCAUUGUCCAUUCGGACACUAGCUAAUGGGAACCUAGAGCUAGGUGUCCAUAUUGCAGAUGUAACCCAUUUUGUGGCAGUAAAUUCUUACACUGACAUUGAGGCCAGAGCAAGGGCAACAACCUGUUAUUUAGCUGAUCGUCGUUAUGAUAUGCUGCCUUCCAUCCUGAGUGCUGAUUUAUGCUCUCUUCUUAGCAGAGUUGAAAGGUAUGCUGUCAGUGUCAUGUGGGAGCUAGAUAAAAAUUCCUAUGAAAUCCUGAGAGUCUGGUACAACAGAACCAUCAUUCAGUCUUCGUACAAACUGGUCUACGAGGUAGCUCAAGGAUUAUUAGAUGGUGACCUAAGUGUUGUUGAUGAUAUCCUAGAACUCAAAGAACUGGAUGAGAGAACUAGACAACAGAAGCUGGAAGAAUUGGUCUGGGCAAUAGGAAAACUGACUGAUAUAGCUCGACAUGUUCGGGCUAAACGUGACAGCUGUGGUGCUCUAGAGCUGGAAGGAGUAGAAAUAAGAGUGCAGCUGGAUGAUAAAAAGAACAUUCAUGAUCUCAUCCCUAAACAGCCACUGGAGGUGCAUGAGACUGUUGCUGAAUGUAUGAUCCUUGCCAACCACUGGGUGGCAAAGAUAAUUUGGGAGAACUUUCCUCACCACGCUUUGUUGCGCCAACACCCUCCACCACGACAAGAGUUUUUUUCUGAGCUCCGAGAAUGCGCCAGUGCCAAAGGCUUUUCCAUAGACACACGGUCUAAUAAAGCACUGGCUGAUUCUCUGAAUAAAGCAGAUGAUCCCUUAGAUCCAACUGUGAAUAAAUUACUGCGGUCCAUGGCUACUCAGGCAAUGUCUAAUGCACUGUACUUCUCGACUGGCUCAUGCCCCGAAGAAGAGUUCCAUCAUUAUGGACUUGCCCUAGAUAAAUAUACCCAUUUUACGUCUCCAAUUAGAAGAUAUGCUGAUAUUGUCGUCCACAGACUGCUAAUGGCUGCCACUUUAAAAGAUACUAAAGUAGAUGUUACGGUUAAUUUGUUCAGCAACAAAGAUCUUGAGGAAUUGUGUAGACACAUCAACAACAGAAACAGGGCUGCACAACAUGCCCAGAAACAGUCUACUGAGCUUUUCCAGUGUAUGUAUUUCAAAGACAAAGUCCCUGAAACAGAAGAGCGCUGUACAGCAGAUGGUGUUAUUUACUCCAUUCGAACAAAUGGUGUACUUGUUUUUGUACCAAGGUAUGGCAUUAAAGGUGCUGCUUAUCUGAAAAACAAGGAGGGUUUGGUCAUCUCCUGUCAGUCUGAUGGCAGUUGUGUGUGGAAACCUGGUUCUCUUCAGCAUUUUCAGAACAGAAUUACUUCCACUACAGUUGCUGGAGAAUCUGUUACAUUGAGUCUGUUUGACCAUAUAACAGUAAAAGUAUCUGUGCAGAGUUCACGCUGCCAUCCUGACACCAUCAAGCUUGAAAUAAUUAGCAACAUACCUUACAAGAAUACAGCCACAGAGCUUUACCAGAAGAAUUUCCACAUAAUGAAAACUGACUUAGUAAAAGAAGUAACCAGAUCUGCAGAGGAAGCUCUACUUGCCCAAGAAAAAAACAGAGUUGAAGUAAUUCAAGAAGAACAUCAGGAGUAUUGCCAAACAAAGGGAGUUAGCUUGUACCAACUGCUUGAGGAAAUUAGGGACUUGGCUCUACUAGAUGUAUCAGCUGGUAACUGAGCAUGAAAUAGUUAUUUAGCUGUGCUCCACUGAAGCAGGUUUGCCCAAUUUUAAAUAGUUUUUAAAACAGAUAGUGUAAGCUGAUAAACCAUUUUUAAUGUUUUCUGCUUUUUGCUAAUUUGAACUGUACCUUAAGUAAAAUUUAACACUGAUUUGAGAGUGAAACAGCACUAGUUGAUUUAAGAUGUUUUAUACAUGGUUAACUACUGUAUUCUCACUGAAAGACUAAAGAUUGUAUUGUGGUAAACUACUUAAGAUGCCUUUUUAAAAAAACAAAUCUGAUCUUGAUCUAAAAAAUAGGUGACUGGACAUUGUUUUUUCAAAACUAGAUUCUUGUAGGGAACCUACAUAUAUCUGCAUAAGCAAUACAACACUGAUGUAGCCAGAACACCACUAAUCUUGCCCCUUUAGUUUUGAUCCAAUUAAUUUAACUUUAAAUACCUUUUAAUUCUACAGCUUUAUUUACAUUAAACCUGAAUGAAGCAGUUCUGCUUCACCCUUUAUAUGCUUGCUACACAAAAGUGCACUUUAAAAAAAACUCAAAGCUGUCUACAAUUACAAUACACAUUAAAUCACGCUUCCAGGCCUUAUUCCAAGAUUAUCAACAUAGUUGUGGGUGAUUUUCACUGGCCUCUAACUCAGUUACUGCAUAAACAAACAAAAAUGGUUACUGGUACAUGUGGUUUUAACUUGAUUACUGGAACCUCUGUGGGUAUUUAUAACAUACUAAUGGAAGGGACACUUUAGGGGAGCCUUGCUGCCACUAUCAAAAUUAAUAUGAAGCUAAAUGUAGCAUUGUUUGAUGGCUUCAGUAAAGCAUGAAAGGAUUAUCAUCUGAAGAAAAAUUUUUGGGGGAGGUUUUCAAAGACAGAAAAGGAAGUUAAACACCAAUUCCUACAGAAAGUCCAUUCAACUUUCCUGUAUUGGUAUACUACCACACUUAAAAAAAACCUAUUCUAACUUAAUUUUCAAUGAAGUUUUGCAAGCUUUCUGUGCUUACUCCCUUCUCUAAAAGAAGGAUUAAAAUAGGGGAAUAAAUACAUAGCACUUGUUGUAGGAGGCAAAAAUCCUUUAAAAGGAUAACCAGAAUUAUCAGAUGAUUUGUUGAUGAAUGGCUAAGUCCACUAUCAGAUACCCCCCUCUUGACUACAGAAUGCUUUAACAAUUGUAAAUCUGAAGCUACUUAACUUCCUGUCAUGUGAUUUUCUCAUGACUUAAGCAACACCAAUGAGUAGAGUAUGUUUAGAGCAGAUUUGAUCAACAAAUUUGUGUGGGCCAUCAUAUGAGUGUAUGUAGAGAAUAUUUUUCAAAUUUGGUUUCCAAAAUUUAAUAACUUACUAAAAUAUAAGCAUUUCAUAACGAAGUACUGUUACAAAAUGCUUCAGAACAGUUAAGACAGGGUGCAUGUUCAUACUGAGCAAAAAGUUCCUGACACUGAACCAUCACUUAUGUUCUAUUAAAAAAAAAACAACCCACAAUUAACAUGAUGUAAAAAACUUUAUACAAACUCAGGCUUUCAAGACCCAGGUAAGUUAAACUUGAGGAAU